CUCGACUUCCAAGGUGAUUGUUUUGCCAGUGAGAGUUUUCACGAAGAUCUGCAUGCCACCCCUAAGACGCAGAACCAAGUGAAGAGUGGACUCUUUCUGGAUGUUGUAGUCUGCAAGGGUGCGACCAUUCUCAAGCUGUUUACCAGCAAAGAUAAGCCUUUGCUGCUCAGGUGGAAUACCUUCCUUAUCCUGGAUUUUUGCCUUAACAUUGUCAAUUGUACCUGA